AUGACGGAGCUCGUGCCAUCAGAGGCGGUACGAUUCGCCAACGGCGAACCUCUUUGUGCGUACCAGGAGUGCUACCGAUGCUUCGACGGCCGCGACAUUCUCUUCCGCCUGGUGAACGUGGAGAAGAAGCAGUGGUUCUUCUACAACGACACCACAGACACGAUUGCGCAUGUGCGUGCCGUGUUUUAUCCCGGAAGUGUGAUCCGACCGCUGCAGCGAGCAGUUAUGCACGUCGUCCCUGGCCCCACCGGCGUAACGGACGAGACAUGCUCGAUCGAUGUGACGCUGGACAUCCAGCCGGGGUUUACGGAGUCGUUCAUUGAGGGCGAGCACAAGGGGUUUCAACUUGACUUUCGAACAGAGACCGCGCCGACAAAGGAGGUCAUCUUCGAAUGCAGCCGGCCGACGGUGUCAUACGACAGGAUUUACCGCUGCUUCAAGAACGGCAACGGGCUGCUAUUCCGCCUGGUGGACGAGCGCGUGCGUCAGUGGUUCUUCUACAACGACACUCGUGACUUGAUGAUGAAGGUGACCGUGACGUUUGCGAAUAGCGCAGAGGUGCGCCCACUGGGAUGCACAACACUUGGGGUGCCGCAUGCCGACACCGCACCCGAGAGCGUCGUCUACACCCUCCUCAUCGCGCCUGGGUGCACCGAGCCGUUCAUUGAGGGAAAUCCAGUGACAUACACGCUGGAGUUUGCCGCCGAGCCGGUUGGUGCUCCAGUCACGGCUGCCGUGGAGGAGCCGGUGCAGUAUCUGCACGGCUGCCCCGACGUCGCCGUCAUACCGCACCAGACGCACGUGUUCAAGUGCUUCAAGGAGCACGGCAACGGACUUCUGUUCCGUGUCGUCGACGAUGUAAACACAAUUUGGGCUUUCUACAACGACACACCAAACUACGUGAUGACUGCUAAUAUGCGCUACCCGAGCACGAGCGACAUACGUCUUGCUCCGGGCGUGCAGGUGAUCGCCGACAGCGAGCGCGAGGGCGGUUUUGUUGCAGCUGUCGAGGUGCUGCCCCUCGCGACAGUGCCAUUCCUCGUCGGCGCGCCGGAGCAGUACGAGUUGGCCUUCGCAGCCACCCCUGUCGCUCCUCUGACGCCGUUGCCGACCAUCCCAGCGGAGCCGAGUUCCCCACCUCAACUUGCCGACGCAACGAAUGUGGCUGCGAUGGUGCCUCCGGCGCUGCCGGUACCCGAAGAGGCGCCCGUAUACUGCAACAGCGGGCCGGAUCUCACUGUGAUGCCAAACAUCGAUGAAAUCUACAAGUGUUUCAAGGACUAUGGGAACGGGCUCGUAUUCCGCCUCGUGGACAAGGUUCAACGCCGCUGGGCCUUCUACAACGACACCACCGACGUUGUAGCCUUGGUGAGGGUGCAGUUCUCCGCCGGUGCGCACAUUCAGCCGCUGGGGCACACAGUGCUGGGCUGCGACCUAGAGACCGGUAGCGUCCUUCACGAGCUCCGCGUGAAUCCGCUCGAGACAGCACUCUUCGUCGAAGGGGAUGUAGACAUCUUCACCACAAAGUUUGUGGCUGAGCAAAUACGGACCUGA